AUGCCACAAAGCUUUGCCUCCAUUGUUAAGAUGGGUGAUUUCAUUUUGAGAUCACCAUCUCUAUCCAAAAUUGUUGUUCCAGUUGCUCACCAAUUUGUCAAGUUUUCAGGUUACAGAGAACUUGGCUUGAGAUUCGAUGAUUUACUUGCUGAGGAAAAUGACAUUGCUCAAACCGCUCUAAGAAGAUUACCUGAAGACGAAUCAUACGCUAGAAUUUUUAGAAUUAUCAGAGCUCAUCAAACCGAGCUAACUCAUCACUUAUUGCCCAAGAGUCAAUGGGUUAAGCCAGAGGAAGAUGUCCCAUACAUGCUCCCAUACUUAUUGGAAGCUGAGGCAGCUGCCAAGGAAAAAGAGGAUUUGGACAACUUGGAGUUGACUAAAUAG